AUUGGCAGAAAACGUUAAACAAAACACGUCACUAAUAACGUCUGUUGUUCUGGAUCAACUGAUUCACGGAAACAGAAACUUGUCCAGAGCCGAGGAGCUGAAACACGAGCGACGAGGAGCCGAGUCUCAUCUCUGGGUUCAUUUGAACCUUUAUGUGUUUAUUUCUUUUCCAGUGAGGAUUUAGUUUUUUCUUCGUUUCUAAAUCAAUCAGCGAAAAGGAGCAAAGCUCUGAAACCAGGCUAGCAGCUAGCAAGCAAGUAGCUUCGUACCGACUCCACCAGCAGAAUUCCAGUGAAGAACAAGCAGCUUUUCAAUGAUCUGCUGACCAUGAGACAGAGCCCAAGGAGACCCCUGAUCCUCAAAAGAAGGAAGCUGCCCUUUCAGCAAAAUGAUGCAACAACAGCAGCUGCAUCACAAAGCCAGUUUGCUGCGUCGGGCUCGGAAGAAUCCACGAAACCGGAUGCGAGCCGGUGCUUCCCUGCCGGGGUCCGCAUCAUGAAUCACCCCUCUUUGUCUGACACUCAGGUCGUCGUCAUCUCCAAGACAGCCGACCUGCAAAGUGUCAUCGGGGCCCUCACUGCCAAAGGCAAAGAGUGUGGCGCCCAGGGACCUAACAAGUUCAUCCUUCUGAGUGAAAACAGCAGCUGCAGCAAUGGAUCCUUUUGUCAGACUGCUGCUGAAGUGGAUGGCGUCUCUACAGUAAGUCCAGAUGGACAACCAGUGAAAGUGGAACCUAUGCACAAAUCCCCUGAUGCUAAACCGCUCUCUGGAAUUAAAUCAUUGAACAAGGAACUGGAUUGUCGCCCUUUAGACGACAGCCUCACCAACAUUCAGUGGCUGGGCAGAAUGAGCACAUCUACCCUGGAUCCAGCUGCUCCCAAGCAGGUGACCGGCAAAGAGAACCGAGACCCAGAUGUACAAGCUCUUCAGGCACACGAUAAACCAGCCAAUAAAGACGCUGUUCAACAACCCAUGUCAGAGAGGCCACCAUACUCCUACAUGGCCAUGAUCCAGUUUGCCAUCAACAGUCAGAAGAACAGAAGGAUGACGCUGAAAGAGAUUUACACUUGGAUCGAGGACCACUUCCCUUACUUUAGAGAGGUGGCCAAACCAGGAUGGAAGAAUUCCAUCCGCCAUAACCUCUCUCUGCAUGACAUGUUCAUUCGUGACACGUCCCUGGAUGGUAAAGUUUCUUUCUGGACCAUCCGGCCUGAGGCAAAUCGAUGUCUCACUCUUGAUCAGAUUUACAAGCCUGGUAGUGACCCAAUGACGGCUCCUGUCCCAGUGCCAAUGCUUUUAUUUCCCCAUCAACAACAGAAGAAGUUGCUUCCUGAUGCACGAAAGACACAAAACGGCUCUGAGAGAAAGAUGAAACCUCUCCUCCCUCGAACCGACUCGUACUUGGUCCCGAUCCAGCUCCCAGUCACAUCCUCUGUCUACCUGCCGUCCUCGUCGGCCCCGUUUCCCCUGUUAUCCUCGCAGCAGAAACGGAACAUUUCACGAGGAACCAAGAGAGUGCGGAUAGCCCCUAAGGUGACAAAAAGUGACACUCCAGCUGUGGUUCUGUAUCCUGAGAAGAACGAGGACCAUCCGAGGGAGAUAAAGGAGGAGCCGGUAUGUGUUCCGGUUAAAUGCGAGACUCCCAAAGCCCCGCCAAAAAGUCAAGCCAGCCGCUCCAGGCGCAAACAGCGUCUGAUUCGCUCUGUUCAUGAGGAGCCCGUACUCCUCUGUCCUGAAAACACUUUCUUUGACUCUGGCGUCGCCUCCGAUGCUUCCAUUUUCCAUGACAUGCAAGACACUGAGGUAGACGAGCAGCAGCAUGAGCAGCACAGCCCCGAACGGGAGUUCUCCUUCAAGACCCCCAUAAAAAGUAACAGCCAACUGACCUCCUCCACCCCCAGCAAGCCCCCCUCUAACUCCAUACCGGAGCCCUGGAAGGUGACCCCUGUGGGGAAAGGGAGCCAGAACCUCCUGGAUUUCAGCCCCAUUCGCACACCGGGUGGUCCCGCCGUCACCCCCCGCCACGACUACACCACAUUCAGCUUCAGCAGCACCCCAUUUAAAGACUGGCCCCUGUUUAACUCCCCCAGAGAGCUGCUCACAUCAGCUCCCUCCAGAGUCACAGGACCAGCUGACUCUCCCAUCGAAGGCCACCAGAGCAGCUGCUCCAGAGAGCUGCUCCAGGCAGGAGGUGGCACACCCGUUAACCGCUCGAUCACAGAGGGUCUCGUCCUCGAUACCAUGAAUGACAGCUUGAGCAAGAUACUGGUGGACAUUAGCUUCUCCUGUCUGGACGAUGACGACCUGGGUAUGGCCAACAUCAGUUGGUCCGAGUUCAUUCCACAGUUUAAGUAGCUGGAGGGCAGGAAAUAUUUUCUAUUCAUCACAUGGCAGUAACACUAUGGUUUGGAUAGCUGCAACAGAAACAGCAAAGCAGGUGCAAAUGUACAAGAAGUUAAUUAACUAGAAAAUUAAAAUGUUCCACCUGGGAUAAUAAUUUUUUUACGAAUUUGGAAAUAUUUGGAAAUAAAUAACUGUUAUUUAUAUGGUUUGAAGUUAUUAUCCAUCGACUUGGGGGAAUUUGACAGAGAACCAAAAAACCUUUACGCUGUUUGUCUGGUUGACAGCAGAAAUUUAGCACUUGACUUUAUAUUUAUUCUGCCUGAUUUGAUUUCACUGCAAAAACACUAAAGUAUAACUGAAGAGAAGCAACUCUCCAUGCUGCCACGUCUGCUGGAGUUCGAUUGUGCUUAAGUUUACAAAUUGCAGUUUUAGUGUAAGGGAUGCAUCCUUCCAUCCAGUGUCUGUGGUUGUUAAUUUGAAUUAUCUUACUUUUGCAGCUGCUUUGCUUUUUUUGCCGUUUAUAAUCAGAACCUUUAUUACAGAAUGAUUGACAGGGUCGCUUAGAAUGUUAACAAGUAGGUCACAUUUCCUCUCCGCCUCUGGCGCGAAUCUCCAUUUUUGCGUCAUUCAUUAACCUCCUCAGUGUCACUUUUAAUUUUUCCACACAGUCCUGUUUUCUUUUAUCUUCUAUCCUUCCUGUUGAAUCCGACUGUCCUUGCAAAGGAAUCUAGAGAAGAGAAGUAUGUCAAAGUGUAUAUGUAUGUUGAUUUGCACAUUUUAAUAUAUAAUUUAGCUUUUUACAUAUGUAAAUGUUAAGACAUUUAUAUUACUGCUUGAUCCGCCAGCGAGGCGGUUCAGUCGGCCUCCUGGAAUCAGCUUUUAGACUUUUAGCUUGUGAUGUAGAAUUGUUGGUAAUAAAAAAACAAACAGCACAAACAGCAAUAGGAUUGUCUCUGUAUGUUUAUUGUAAAAACAUUUAAAUCUCAAGUUGUCACAGUAAUGGUUCUUCAGUUUGUUAGUAUCUAUCUUCAGGGCACUUUUUAUCAGCAAGAGGGAUUUUUGAACAUUUCACAUCUUUGGAAACAAAAUGCUUCAUAUGUUGUAUCUGUAAAGCACAGAUUGUGUUUUCAAUAAGGACACACACUGCCUUUUUAAAAUGAUCAUGUAGCACAAACAGGAAAACAGGGAAAAUCAGUUUCCAAUCAUCUUGCAGAACCAUCUUCAGAGGAUAGAAUGGGAUGUGUACUUUUUUUGUUUGAAAGAUUUCCCAAAAUAAUCACUAAGUAUCAAGUGUGUUGUGUUUACACACGAGACUUAAAUUGCAGUAACUUGAUGUGUUUGCAGUUGCAGGAAUCAGAAUGUUGUGGCCUCGAGCAAACAGCUGUAAGAGCUUCAUGUGCCUUCUUGGUGUUUGUAUAUGACUGUACAAUAAAGCUGUGGGUGUUUA